UAAUCAGCUUCCGUGAAUUCCCCAGACUGCCAAGUACCUGAGUUCAACUAUGUAGUCGCAAUAGUUCAACUGCGUCUAAAUCCUUUUAAGUGUUGAACUACUGGGAAAAAAGUCUCAGUUCAACAGUUGAACUAAUCAGUUGAGGUAAUGAGAACGAGCGAAAAAUUUCACCAGCAUGCAGGUCAACAUUGACAACACGCGCAUUUCUAAAGUUACCCACUUUCCAUCAUUAUCAACAAAAAUGACAUUGAAGAACCAUUCUUCUCAACCUGACGUUUAAUUGUUAUUUGUCAAUGUCAACUGUCAAGUACUUCAAAAUUUGUAGAUUUGUAGGUUAUGUUGAUCGAUUUGUAGGUAUUUUAUUUUGUCAGUAAUCUAAUUUAAAAUUUUCAUAAAAAUAUCAGGGAAUAAUGAAUAUGUACAUAAAAAUUCCGCUAUUACAUGUUAUUUUUACUUUAUUCUUAAUAACAAACUGUUCGAGUGAAUUUACGACAGAAGACUGUGCUUCCCUAGGCUUUAUCAAAGCCAACCUCCUCUGUUCUUCCUGUGAUCAAUUAAAAGAUUUUAGUCUAGAUCAACUAGUGGAGCAUUGCAAGCAAUGUUGUCAUAAUGACGACUCAGCGCCAAAGGAAAAGAAGUACGCCAGAGCAAUCCUAGAAGUUUGCACAUGUAAAUUUCCAGCAUAUCCCCAAAUACAAGCGUUUGUGAAAAGUGACAGACCGGCCAAGUUCCCCAACUUACAAAUCAAAUAUCUGCGUGGAUUAGAUCCGAUCAUAAAGCUUCUGGAUAAGGAUGGUAUUGUAAGAGAAACGGUGGCUAUUGAAAAAUGGAAUACUGACUCAGUUGAAGAAUUUCUUAACACACAUCUCUUAAAAGAAGAAGAUGAUGACCGCAGGUUUUUAAAAACUAAUCUCAUAUAGUUAUUGUAACUAUUUCAGAGAUUAAUUUAAUUGCAUAACCAUACAAACUGGUUAAAAGGAUUUCUCAGCAUUCCAAUAAAAUUUUAAAAAUGAUCAGUACCUAACUUUAUUAAAGAAUAGUUUGUAUUUUUUUUAAACUACUCACUUUUUUAUUCAAAUCAUUUAAUAUAUAAUUUUUGUGAUCAAUUAACUAUGUAUGUAUUUAUUUUGAAAACUUUCCAGUGGGAACUUGGACAUUUUGUAAAAUGAUUAUGAAUUUUUGUAAAAAUAUGCAAUAUAAUUAAUAUGAUUUUA